UAAAUCCGCGAUUCUCACUCACAAGCUCCAAUCCCUAAAUCUCUCAAAGCUACGUUCAGAUUCAUCUCAAGCUUUGUGCAAAUUUGUUAUUCAAUCUCUCAAGCUUCGAUGAACCUUCAAGCUUCAGGUUGUAUUUGUCGGGUUUUCUUCAGGUACUACCAUCAAUGAUUUAAGACAUAGUCGAUACUGCCAUCAAUGAUUCAACUCAAAACAGGGUCUCUAUAGAGAUCGCGAUAGCUAAUAUCAUGCACCUUUUCAUAGCUCAUGAUCAAUAACAAUGUAUGCAUAACUUACGAUAACACAUCUGCAUUGAAGAGGGAAGAUACUAAAUGGACGGAAGGGCAAGAUAUAUGGUGGCAGCAUCAUGUUUAUGAGGUACCGCUAUUAGCUCAGUAUUUGAAUUUCUUUUAUUUAGUCAUAAAUUACUUUCCUCCCUUGAGUAUAAAUCUUCGCUCUCAUAUAUCCUUUCCAAAAUUAACUAAUGCCACCUUGGUUGGAGUUUAUGCAUUAAUUUCUUUUGCUGCUGUUGCUUUUGUUUAUGUAAAACCUUACUUGACCGCACUUUUGGGAUUAAAAGCUUUUAUUGCUUUCUUCUCAAGCUUCACUACAGCUAUCUUCAAUGCUCCAAUGGUUUUCUUUGAUUCAACUCCUGUCGGAAGAAUUUUAACUAGAGCUUCUUCAGAUUUAAGUAAUUUGGACUUUGAUAUACCUUAUUCCAUCACCUUUGUAGCAUGUGUAGCAAUUGAAAUUUUGGUGAUGAUUUGUAUAAUGGUUUCAGUCACAUGACAAGUUCUCAUUGUUGCUAUUCCUGGUUGCAUCAAAGCUUGCUUUGGAAUCGGGGGCUGUUUUUUUAUAGAAUUGGAUCUCAAGGUAUACCAACAGUAAUUCAAGUGUGAAAUUAGAUGAUCUAUAUAGUUGAUUUUCUUUGUUGUCUAAGAGCUUAUAAGCAGCUUGUUUGUUUUGCUACACUUUUUAAUGUAAUAGUUUUAUGUUUAGUGUGUUAACUCAAAAUAAUUUUGAUGUAAACUUGUUGUGAGUAUCAUUUUCUAUAUGAAUUGUGAGAAUCAAUUACUAUAUGUUUAGUAAAAUAAUGUGAGGAUGUUGUGUUUUA